AGGAAUUACCGGCACAACAUUUGGUGUUCAGUGACAGCUAGCAACAGACGUGAAGACAUGAAGGUCCCUAGUGUGAUAGCGUUUGCUCUGUUAUGUCUGUGUUUUGGUACAUUUGGGCAUGAAGAUGGGCAUUCGCAUAGUCACUCACAGGAUGGCCAUGGACAUAGUCAUGGUCACAGUCAUGAAAAUCAUGGUCAUAGUCAUGAAAAUCAUGGCCACAGUCAUGAAAAUCAUGGCCACAGUCAUGAAAAUCAUGGUCACAGCCACAAGCAUCAUGGUCACAGCCACGAUAAUCACGGGCACAGUCAUGAAAACCACGGACACAGUCAUGGGCAUAGCCACGAACAUGAGCCAAAGCAAGAUCUGUACCAUCAUGAAGACUUUGACAGUUACAGCCUGAAACACGAAAGAGUAAAGCAAUCCAACACGGUGCCAAAUCCUAGCAAAGUUCGGAGCACUUCCACUGUCUGGCUCGAAGCGCUCGGGUCUACACUUCUUAUUAGUGCAGCACCUUUCUUUAUCCUAUUUUUUAUCCCGUUAGAGGGAAAUUCAGAGGAGCAACAACCUUUAUUGCGUAUUUUGUUGGCAUUCGCUAGCGGGGGCCUGCUUGGCGACGCGUUUCUUCAUUUGAUUCCACAUGCGAUUAACCCUCAUAGCCAUGGCGGUGAAGACGAUCACGGACAUUCCCACGACCAUGGUCACAGCCAUGGCUCGCAUGAUCAUUCAGCAGACAUGGCCGUUGGUUUCUGGGUUCUUGCAGGGAUGAUUGCCUUUCUAGUUGUGGAGAAAUUCGUCCGUCACAUGAAGGGAGGUGACGGCCACUCGCACAAACCUUCAAAGCCAAACUCUGACGAGAGGGUGAAAGAAAGUGAUAGCGAGCUGAGAAAUCGCAAGAAAACCGACAGUGAUGGCAAAGAAAGCAACGGGGAAAUAACUGCUAAAGACUUAUCCCAUGCCAUGCCAAAGGACAUCAAAGUUGCAGGCUAUCUGAACCUUGCUGCAGAUUUCACUCAUAAUUUCACUGAUGGCCUAGCCAUAGGGGCGUCAUUCCUUGUCAGCCGUAACCUUGGCAUUGUAACCACUCUAACCAUUCUACUCCACGAGGUUCCUCAUGAGAUUGGAGACUUUGCUAUUCUGGUGCAGUCUGGCUGCUCCAAAAGAACAGCCAUGUAUCUACAGCUGUCUACUGCCACAGGGGCAAUCGCAGGGACACUCUGUGGCCUCCUUGCGCACAAUAUAGGCACGUCGGCAACCUUAUGGAUCCUCCCCUUCACUGCUGGAGGCUUCAUAUAUAUUGCUACCGUCUCUGUCAUCCCAGAGCUUUUAGAGGACUCUAAGCUAGGGCAGUCCGUCAAGGAGGUGUUUGGCCUUUUGACUGGUGUUUUUAUGAUGGUUAUUAUAGGUCAACUUGAAUAGCCUGCAAAUAAUAAAUGCCUUGGUAUAUGAUUUUUAUUAUAUAAUUAAGCCAUUUAAUUACAGAGUAUUUCUACUUAUAUUAUAUUUUGUGUUUAAAUUCAAUUUUCUUGCAUUAGAAGCGAGUGCAUGUUACUGGAAAUGGAGAGUAUACAUUUUCUAAAAACUUUAUAGCAUGUCUUUCAGCUGUUUAGAUUAUCAUGAUUUUUAGAUAGUAACCUAAUAUAAAUAAAGUAAACUCAGAGUGUGCUUAUGAUAAUUUAAUGCAAAAUCUAUGUUUUCUCAUCCUGAGAGAAUUACUGGAACUACUUCUUACGAGAAGUGUUUCAGUAUUUCAGGCAGGAACAGACAAUUUUUGAUUGGGUAGAUGGUUUGAAAAUACUUCAACAGCUAGGGGAUGGAGGCAGGUGAAGAUGAGUUGAAAAUAUUCUGCCAGCUAGGUGUGGGGACAGGAUGUGCUAAAAAUCUUCUAAUUUACUACAACAUUCCUAGGUUUCUGUUCUUUUUCCAUGACCCAUGACUUUAUUAUUUUUUUAUGAGGGUGGGGGAAGGGCUUGCUGCUUAUUCCACUGUUGGAGUAAGAUUUCCUGUCAUAAACAAGAGUAUUUAUCAAAAAAAAUGUAGCAUAUUGUAUUUUUUCUGUUCAUAAAUGAAAUUGACCAAAAUAAAUUUGACUGUCUUUUA